UUGAUAUCGAAACAAAAUGUCAAAAUUCUUUAGACUUUUUCGAGGAGUAACAGUCAAAGAUGUUGGAAAUCAAGCUAUUUUGGCAGACUAUGGUCAAAUGUUGAAUUGUCUGCUGGAAAUGUCAAAAAGCAACAAUGCGCUUCAAAACUUGUAUCAGUCUCUACGGAAAAAUAUAAUGUACAGCAAAGAAAAGCUCCAAUACUCGGAAGAUUUGAUGGAAAUGAUUGCAGAUAAGUUCGAAGGUAUGGACGAAUUACUAGGACGUGUUAGUGAAAUUCUUCGCGUCGAGGAAGACGUAAUGCGACAAAAGAAGGAGUUGUUGAGAAAGAUGAGAGAAGACGUCGCUGAUUCCAAAUUCCGCCUUUUGUCAAUGAAAAAGCCAGAGCUGGAAAAGUACAUGAAAUUAGCCGAGGACCAGGCUGUUCCGAGUAUAAGCGGAUUUGUCCGCGAGGAACGAGAACAGCUAGAGCAACGGCUUGUUAGCGCCAAGAUUGCUGUAAAUGAUUAUAUAGAACGAAACUUUGACGACCAAGAGGCGUAUACUGAUAUACAGCUUUACAGGGAAUUCUUGCAACAGGAACACAACAAUCACAUGCUAGUGAUUCUGAAUGAGUUCGGAUCCCUGAAAAAGAAGCGAACUUUUCUUCUAAGAAAUCCAGUGUUUAAUGAUAAUGAAGGGAAGAAAGAUUUGCUGCAUUUGUUCAGGGUACCACAAGAAGAACUGGAAGCAACCCAAAAGGAAUGCACUUCAAUGGGACAAAUGAAAGAGGCAUUAACUGAACGGAUCCGAGAGCAGCGGCUUACUAAAUCCGCGAUAGCGGAUUCAAACCAAGAGAUUCUGAAGAAGCUUCUGAAUGAGAAAGAUACCGUCAUGAAGUUAAACAUCCCCUACAAAGUCAAUCAACAGCAGGAAGUAGGAUUGAAUGUUAUAAUGUCGAUAUAAAUAAAUGGAAUGUAUCGUU